AUGCCGUCUUCUAUCGAUUCACUGACCGAUGAGCAGGUGUACACUCUCAUAGCCAACCGCACGUAUGAACAAGCCAUAGGAACCAUGCCUAAAAAUCUUGGCUCUUUCGCUGCCGCCUGGCGGAUUACCCCCGACGCGGUUGUAAAGAGGUCCUGCUCCUCGAGCUCGUCUAAACAUGAAGCAUUUAUAAUGGACUAUGUGCGGAAGCAGACCUCGGGUUCCGUCUACAUCCCUCAGGUACGCAAGGUCUUGCCGACGCGCAAACCGCCAAAGUCAUCAGGAAAUCGGCUGGUGGCUACAUAG